GAAGUUUUUAUUUACUUUACUUUUUGAUUGUAGUUUUAAAAGCUUCGUAUGUCUGAGGAACUUCAGAACUCAUUCAAACUAUCAGGGAGAUCGAAAUGCUUACAAACGCGGGUAGAUUUAUAGACAGAAAUCCCGGAAUAAUCCCGGCGGGAAAGCUUUUCGAUGUUUCAGGAGAGACAGCCGGUGGUAGCCUCCAAAUACCACAGCGUGAUACUAGACCAGAAACUGUUCGAAAGUUUAGAGGAACAACACAACCUGAGGCGGGCAAAGAGAGAGUGUUUUAUGGCAGAGCAAAUGAUCCAGACGUAGCCUCGAGGAUUACGCAUGGAGUCAACACAAAAUCUUCCCUUGUCGCGGGCCACCUCGUAAAUCCUUCAAGGAAAAGUCUUUUCUCUCAACGGAUGCUUGAAAAGAAAGAAAGCAUUUAUGCUAGCAGGAAAAACGCUCCUCUAGGGAGGUGUCAUGACCAAAAGCCAGGUCUGCCUGAUGGUGUUGGACCAACUGAUGUGACUUAUGGAGUCAAAACCAUCAAAGAUGGAAGUGCUGGAGAAAUGGUCAGCCCUGCAAAAACAGCAGCCCAAGUAAAUGCCGAGUCAUUGGAGGGAAAGGAACUAUACAAAGUCAGCCAUAAUGACUUUGAUGUUGGUGAAAUGUUUGAUAGAAAGUAUGACUGGAGUAGAAUACCAAAGGAGAGCAAAUUUGGUGUGGAAACACCACACAACAAUGAUGGAAUCCAUGUAAGAAAAACUCUCAAGUGGCUUCAUGAGACACAACAAGAAAAGGCAACAAAGAUUGUCUCAAAACGUGUUGACGAUUUCCGUGAGAGAACCCAGCCUCAACUUGGCCAAGUACACGAUCCGAUUAAAGACACCCUCAGGGUCCAACCAGAUCAUGCCUUUGGGGUAAUGAUUAAACCUGAUGAGUAUGGAGCAGGAGACCUGAUCCACAUGCGUGUUCCUGGAAAUUAUCUUAGAGGGCGUGACAGGGAGAGGGGAGUGCUUGCGGCUGUAAGACAUCAUUUGAAGAAGGCAAACUAUCACAAUUUCCAUGACCUGAAAGCUGCAUUUGGAUACUAUGACAAGGACAACUCUGGAAAAAUUUCACUUAAUGAGUUGCGUGAGGUGUGCAUCCACUUUAACCUUCCAAUCGAGCCAGUGCUGUUGGAGUCCAUGUUUGCUUAUUGUGAUGUGGAUGGUGAUGGACAGAUAAAUUAUGAUGAAUUUUCCAACUUCCUUAACUGGAAAGACAAGAUGCCAUCCGGGGAGUUAAAGAGUACCAUAACAGGAGUACAGAAAGAUGAAACAGCUGAAGGAGAAGCUAAGGAAGAAGAGAAGAAGACAGGUGCAUCAACACCCACAAGACUUAAAAAACAGAUUGACCAAGCUGUUGGUGGCUGGAAAACCUCUUCAUCUCAGUUUAAUGAAGUCACAGGCAAGAUCAGAACAACAGGUUGGCGAGCAUAUGGAGUUCCAACCAUAAGAUCUGAUUUACCAGCACCAACAACACGAAGAGUUGCUGACCACACUAAUUAUGGAGAUGAAUCUGAUGCCUAUGGCCUUAUCAACCCAUCAAUUUACAGCAAUCAUGGAGUUUAUGAGAAGGAUUUCUUUAGCCCCAGAGACCAGUAUGAGAUAAGGAGAAUAUUUGAUGGGAUUGGAGUGGAGAUGACAAGUGAUGCUUUUGAAAAGAUCUGGGAGGAGGCUAGCACAAGACAUCCCACUGGACUGGUCAGUGUAGAGACAUUCAGAGGAGUGAUGGAUGAAGUUAAUGCCAAGAAACUUGUUGAAACCCAAAUGGCAUGAAAACAGGAAAACAUGAAAACAACAAAUUGACUUUCCCUAACUUUAAUAAAAAUGUAGCAGUGUUCAACACCAAAAAUUGGACUAACUUUUUAUUUUUCGAUUUUCAUUUGAUACAAUAGAGAUCGUUGGUAACUAACAGUAUUAAUUUCUUUAAUAAUUAAAACUUACUAGUGAAAUUGUAUCUUUUUUUAAAUAUUCUUAUUUUCCCAUUAAAUCUGUAUCCAUUCCAUCUACCUAUUUACAUUUAUUGAGCAGUCUUGAAUUUGUGUCAUUUGAAUGGAAAGUAAUAAAUUAAGAUAGCAACCUGUGUUAACAAUGA